AUGGGCGAACAAACGUUUCAUAUCGCGGACGAUAAUUUGGAGCAGCACAUCGUUACGUUGUUCGAAAAGUUGGAGUGCAUGCGGAGGGAUGCGAAUGCUGAUGCCGGGUUGUCGGGGAAAGUGCCGGCCAGGUUAGAAGUUCGGACUCUGUCUCUGUGGAAGGCUGUGGUGGCUGAGUGCGCGGCGUCCUUCCUUUACGUGUUCAUAGUGUGCGGUGCGGCUGGUGGAGCCGGCGUGGGCGCCUCCACAUCAGCCGUGCUGCUUGCAACGGCCCUGGCUUCCGGCUGUGCCAUCGCAACCAUUACUAUGUGCUUUGCAAACAUCUCCGGCGCUCACGUGAAUCCGGCCGUCUCGGCGGCGCUGUGCGUGAGGAGACGCGUUUCGCCCCUUCGUGCGGCGCUCUACGUGGCCGCCCAGUGCGGGGGCGCCAUCGCCGGUGCCGCCGCCAUCUACGGG